GAACACGAUCCCCUACGAUGCGUCACUCCCCCAGAAGCCGGCCAAAGACACGCCUUUGGGCAACCACAGCAGCAAGAAGAUCACCAUCGUCGGCAUGGGCCAAGUCGGCUUAGGCUGUGUCUGUGCCAUUCUCAACCAGGACAUCUGCGGGACGCUUGCUCUGAUCGACAUCGCAGCGAAGAAGUUGGAGGGCGAAGCCAAGGAUUUCCAACAAGGGAGCGCCUUCCACCAACACACCCAGAUCCUGGCCUCUGACACCUACGAUGUCAGUGAGAACUCGGACAUGGUGGUCAUCACUGCCGGUGUGGCUCAGCAACCUGGGGAGUCGCGGCUGAGCCUGGUCGAUCGGAACGCCAACAUCCUGAAGAAGAUCAUGCCGGAGGUGCUCAAGUACUCCCCGAAUGCGACCAUCCUAAUCGUCAGCAAUCCUUGCGACAUCAUGACGGCGAUUGCUGCCAAGCUCGCAGGCCCCGACUUUCCACAGGGGAAG